GUCUUUUGCCCAUUUUUAAAUCACAGCAUUUUUCUUGCUGUUGUUGCUUGAAUUCCUUUAAAUGUUUUCCAUUCUCUGCUCUUUCACACACCUGACUAGAUACAUACAUACCAUAGUAGGAACAGCGUUCUGUACGUUAAAGUCACAACCUGCAUAUGUUUUCUCUCUUGUCUUCUGUGUGGUUUGUGGGUCACACCAGCCACAGCCUUUGGUUUCCAGUGGCCCUUCCUGUUAGAUCUGUGUGAGAUCACAGGAAUCCAUGUGGAUAAGUGAAAUCGGACAGGACCCCCUAAAAUCUACACAAGAAUGUGGCCCCUUAGAGUUCCCCAGAAGUGCCAUCUGGGGUGCCACUUAUGCUACCGGAAUUUGGGGUACCCUACGAUUUCACCAUGUGCUUACUAAUAAAUCCCCAAUAUUAAUAAGCCCAAGAGGAUUUUUGCCUAAUAUUUAGAGAAGAAUUCUAAAUACAGGCACAGAUAAACAAGGCAGCAUGGUACAUUAUAAGCCUUUAUUUAGUGAGAAAGGUGCAUAGGAAAGUGAGGGCUUUAGUAAGAGAGAGAAGUAAAUCUGGGUUCAUACCGAGCACCAGGAACCAGCCAUGUGGAGGAGCAUCUAGGCCAGGAAGCCUAGGGUGGGUGGCCUGAAGGCCACGUGCCCUGGAGGCGCAGGACUACAGCCAGCCCCCUCCUGGCAAGAGGCCAGGGAAGAAGAGAGGGGCGUAAGAGAAGCCUGGACACACUGUGUCCCUGGCAGUUAACCCACUUCCAAAGGGGAAUGGUUAAUUAACCUGAUUGGGUGGUGGGCACCCAGGUGUGGCCAGGUAGGGGCAUGAGGUCACACAGGGGCGUGGUGAAGGUAUCAGGUAGUGCGUGAGGUCACACGGGGCGUGGCUAAGGCGUGGUCUUCCACCUCACAAACCUAGUCAGUUUUAACCUGUGUGCCUGCCUACUUCAUAAGGACUGGUGAGCUUGCUCAGAUGGAAAGUGGUUGGUGACCAGAGGCUUUCCCGUAACUGUUGAGGCUGGUGAUGGGGUUCCCGGAUGUUUACGAUGCCCAUGGCAACAGUACCUGUCCAAAGAUCGCCUUGCUUCCCCCUGGUUUGACGAGCAGCACCGCCAGUCUGGUUGAUCUGCGCGUGCGUCAUGACGCAGCUCAGGGGAUAAAUGGGAAGACGCCGGCGAAGCGCGCAGCUGCGAGUCCAAAGCCGCAAGUGCCUCCAAAGCCAUUACACCUGCAGAACUCACCUUCGCCCAGUAAACACCAAAAUCCCAGGCUCAAAGCUUUAUCUAGUGCACAGCCGAGGAUGGAGGAGAUUAAGCCUUCCUCCGCUCCUUGUGUCUCAAAAGAAAAGCCCAGUAAGGUAUCCGAUCUCAUCAGCCGCUUUGAAGGAGGCAGUGCGUUAUCAAAUUGUACUGAUUUGAAGAAAGAUUCCGCUGCGAACCCAAAUGCUCCCAGAACCCCCGCAAGGCACGGGCUGACAGCCUCCCCGCCACAAAAGCUGCUCUCCCCGCCCCCGCCCCCCACACAGGGCAAUGGUGCCAGUCAGACUCAGGGCCCCCAGACUUGCGUGGCUAACGGCGUGAUGGCCGCAAAGGGCCAGACCUUGAGCGACGAGGACAAGGCAGCCCUGCCGAACGCCGAGGCGCCCACGCAGCCGUCCCAACCCUUGCUUGAUGCGCACAUGGUGAACGGAGAGGGAGACGCGGCGGCCCCUGGCCCCGCAUCACCUGCUGCCGCCGACUGUGAUGCGAUGGCUUCGGAGGACAGCAGCGGGACUCCCGGCGGUGGCUCCCAGCUCCCGCUAGCAGGAGCGGCGGACUUGGAAGCCAAGGCACAGGAGAGGGACGAUGGAGAGAGCCCUCUGGACCCGGAGCAGCCGGACCAUUCGGCGGAGAUGAAGGAGACUAAUGAGCAAAAACUUCACAAGAUCGCCAAUGAGCUGUUAGUCACAGAAAGAGCUUAUGUCAGCCGGCUGGACCUCUUAGAUCAGGUCUUUUAUUGCAAGCUCUUGGAAGAAGCAAACCAAGGCUCCUUUCCAGCAGAGAUGGUGAAUAAAAUCUUUUCUAACAUUUCCUCAAUCAAUGCCUUCCAUAGUAAGUUCCUGUUGCCAGAGCUGGAGAAGCGAAUGCAGGAAUGGGAGACCACCCCUCGGAUUGGGGACAUUCUUCAGAAGCUGGCACCGUUCCUCAAGAUGUAUGGAGAGUAUGUGAAAGGGUUUGACAACGCGAUGGAGCUGGUUAAAAACAUGAUGGAGCGCGUGCCUCAGUUCAAAGCAGUGGUUGAAGAAAUUCAGAAGCAGAAGAUCUGCGGGAGCCUGACGCUGCAGCACCACAUGCUGGAGCCCGUGCAGCGGAUCCCCCGCUACGAGAUGCUCCUCAAAGACUACCUGAGGAAGCUGCCCGCCGGCUCCCCGGACGGCAACGACGCCAAAAAAUCACUUGAAAUUAUAUCUACAGCAGCAAGCCAUUCUAAUAGUGCAAUAAGAAAAAUGGAGAACCUAAAGAAACUCUUAGAGAUUUAUGAAAUGUUGGGAGAAGAAGAAGACAUUGUAAAUCCUUCAAAUGAACUCAUAAAAGAAGGGCAGAUCCUCAAACUGGCUGCUCGGAACACGUCGGCACAAGAACGCUACCUUUUCUUAUUCAACAACAUGCUGCUCUACUGCGUGCCCCGAUUCAGCCUGGUGGGCUCUAAAUUCACCGUUCGAACCAGGGUUGGCAUUGAUGGGAUGAAAAUUGUAGAGACGCACAAUGAAGAAUAUCCGCACACUUUCCAAGUGUCUGGGAAGGAGAGAACACUGGAACUGCAGGCCAGUUCUGAGCAAGACAAAGAAGAAUGGAUCAAGGCCCUGCAAGAGACUGUGGAUGCUUUUCAUCAAAGGCAUGAAACCUUCAGAAACGCAAUUGCAAAGGAUAACGACAUCCACUCCGAGGUUUCUACUGCUGAGCUGGGGAAGAGAGCCCCCAGGUGGAUCCGAGACAACGAAGUGACCAUGUGUAUGAAAUGUAAGGAGUCCUUCAACGCGCUGACCAGGAGAAGGCAUCACUGCCGAGCAUGUGGACAUGUGGUUUGUUGGAAGUGUUCCGACUACAAAGCUCAGCUCGAGUAUGAUGGUGGUAAACUGAGCAAAGUCUGUAAAGACUGUUAUCUAAUAAUCAGUGGAUUCACAGACAGUGAAGAAAAGAAGAGGAGAGGAAUUUUAGAGAUCGAAUCUGCAGAAGUAUCUGGAAACAGCGUGGUGUGCAGCUUUCUUCAGUACAUGGAGAAGUCAAAACCCUGGCAGAAAGCUUGGUGUGUGAUCCCCAAGCAAGACCCUCUCGUGCUGUACAUGUACGGGGCCCCCCAGGACGUCCGAGCACAGACCACCAUUCCCCUCCUGGGCUACGUCGUGGACGACCUGCCAAGGAGUGCAGACCUGCCACACAGUUUCAAACUGACCCAGUCCAAAUCUGUGCACAGUUUUGCUGCAGAUAGCGAGGAACUGAAACAGAAGUGGCUAAAAAUCAUCUUUUUAGCUGUCAAAGGUGAGACUCCAGAUGGUCCCAGUGAACAUCUAGCCACCAUGGAUGAUCAUCCUGAACCCAAGAGAAAAUCAGACUGCUGAACUCUGGACCGGCCACAGUGUGGGGGGUCUCAAGACUUACAGCCCAAGACAUUCCCAGCUCUCCUUCCUCAUCUCUUAGCACUUUAUGUUGGAAAUAGAGGCUCACAAAUGCAUCUCGGGGGACUAUUUUCCUAUGUUUAUGUACUCUUAGUGAAAUUAAUGUGCAGAGCCGUUCUCCUGAUAAAGUUUUGAAAUAAUGUGAAAAAUGGAAUUUUUAAAGAGAUUUCUUGAUUAUGUACUUUUGUCUUGAAGAAGAGGGUAUCAGUAGAUUACACCGUUAUCAAGUUAGAAUGGGCCACUUUCAUUUAAGAAAUCCUUUCACAUCUUCUCUUUCACACAUAGGAUCUGUUAGAGUUUGAAAGAUAUACCUCCAUGUUGCCAAAAUAGAUCUAUGGUGAAAAAUACAGGGACAGUUUAGGCUACUGUAUUAACUUAUUUAGUUGAUAAAUCUCAAGCUGCAUAGAUGAUUUGUCCUUUUAAAACAAGAGAAAAAGGACAAAUUGUUGGUGUUCAGACCUUCAACUUAGUAGGAUAAGAUACUGUCUUAGUAUUUCUAGGCAAACAUGUAUGAAGUACAUAGCAAUUAUGUGUAUAUAGUAUUAAAUUUCAGCAUAUAUACAUAUACACCCGCACCCCCCCAUACCUCCUCAGCUUUAGGUUCAUACUUAUCUCUAAUUUAUUUUUUUAAUAUAAAGCAUGUUUUAUCUUGAGACUGAGCAGUGUGCUAAAUUUAAAUGUGUUUCUAGUGAUUGAUGUUUUCCUGAUUGGAAUUGAAGGGUAUUACUAAUUUCCUAAGAAAAAGCAGUAACUUAUGUGGCAUGGGAGAUAUAUACAAACACCCCCAACAGUAUUUUUAGGGUGCUGUAUGUCUGUUAUGUGUCUCUCUAAAACAGUGCCUCUCUUAGAAGGUGCUAUUAAUACCUGUUAAAAUAAUAGAAUACACGGGUUUACUAUU